AUGACGAGUCAACAAACCGAUUAUCCAGAUGGCAGGCAUGAAAAAUCUGAUGAGCAACAUCUAAGUAAUUUGGCCUUGUGCGAGGACCAGGAUAUCGAACCAACACUGCCAAUCCCCGACCAUCCCUGGCCACGGCGAGAAGGGCGAGCCGUGGAGUUGGACGAUUUAUUAAUGCUAGAACGGACGGAGGUGCUGCUAAGACAUUAUGACCAGGUCAUAUGUCCACAUCAAAUCGCGCUUCCAGCUGCCGGCGCGGACAACCCAUAUCAAGUUUAUGUUUUGCCGCUAGCCUACGAACAAAUAGGCCUGCUGCUGGACAUCAUCCGUUCACUAGCAGACCCACGACGACUAUGCUUCUCCCCCAAGCUCCGUGAAGCCGUGGCCACUUUAAGCGACUUGAAAUUCGAGCGCGUCAAUGGCUGUCCGCGCGAUAUGUUCCUGAUAAUGGGCAACGUCAUAGAACAUGCCAAGGCACAUGCGACGGGCAAGAUAGAAACGCCAGAAUACGAGCGACUCCUCAACGCUUACCGGUAUGAGCUCUACUCGUGGCAUUUAAAAACCGACAGCUAUCCAAACGAUGAUCCCCGCUGGCCUGCAGUUGCCGAGGCAUUCCGUCACGCAUGCAUACUACAUACAUCUCGCUUGUUGGAUGUGACCCAACCGGCUGAAGCGCCAAUGAUACAAAGUUCGGUGACGGCCAUCUUGGACUCGCUAGCGGAAAUCCCAGCUGAGUGUCGUCUGAUCGAGUUGGUGGUCAUGCCGCUCUUUAUGGCUGGGGCUGAUGCUUUGUCCCCGUACGCUCGGCAUUAUGUUCUUCUGCGAUUUGACCAUAUCCGGGCUCAUGGUGGUGUGGGUAACCAUGUGUCAAUUUCACUGCUGAGAUCCGUUUGGGAUGGUCGAGGCAGACAGGCGAAACAUGACAGCAGCAAUAUUCCAUGGGGGUGGUUUACUCGUGACUCGGGAUCGGAGCAACAACAUGACUAUCUUAUUAUAUAA